UGAACAAUUGUAUCUUGUUGUGACCGGUAGCUUGAGAAUGUAUCGCCACCAACAUGAAAACGAUACCGUUCUUCCCGUUUUCACUCAACCUCUUUCUCCCAACGGCGGUGAAUCAUGUUCCCAUCUUCCGGAAGAACUCAUCAUCGAGAUCCUCCUCAGACUUCCGGUAAAAUCCCUCCUUCAAUUGAAAUGCAUUUGUAAAUUAUGGAAAACCCUAAUUUCAAAUCCCCAAUUUGUAAAGCAACAUCUACUAAUCUCAAACGCCAAACCAAGCUUAACCCACCAACGACUGUUCUUUUCUUUCAUGACUGAUCCCCGCCAACUCUUAUCUUACCCUUUGAAGCCAUUGUUCCAAAACCUAUUACCUCCUGUUAGCUCCAGCGGGACGAUGAAAUAUUGGAUUAUAGGUUCAUGCAAUGGUUUGUUGUGUUUGUAUGGUCAAUCUCGACAUUGUUUCAAACUGCACAACCCUUCUAUCAUGUUCAAAUCCAAAAAGUCGCCAAGUGCUGCUUCACUUGAUUGGAUUUCUAACCAAUAUGGCUUUGGUUAUGAUCAAGUUAAUGACAAGUACAAAGUACUACUUGUUGUGCGAAAUAUGAAUGAUCCAACUCAAACUUUAACCAAAGUUUAUACCUUUGGUGAUGAUUCAUGGAAAACCAUUCAGAAUUUCCACCUUACACCCAUUAGGCCGUCAGGGCAAUUUGUGAGUGGCACUCUUAAUUGGAUUGUUAAAAAAAGAGGUGCAGGUUCUAAUCAAAGUAUGAUACUUUCCUUUGAUCUCGAGAAGGAGACUUACAAGGAAAUAUUGGUGCCUCAAGAUGAUGCUGACAAAGUAUAUGGAGAUACUCUAUAUGUUUUGAAUAAUUGCCUUGGUGUGUGUUAUGAGACUAACCAAACUCAUUGGGUUGCGUGGUUGAUGAAAGAGUAUGGAGUUUUUGAUUCAUGGACUAAAUUCAUAACCAUCCCUCUUGACAAGUUUAACAAACCACUAUGUUUUCUUAUUCCUCUGUUCAUAUCAGAAAAUUGUGUUGUUCUUCUAGUGAACAAAUAUAAUUCCCACUUUAUCCUAUUUAACUUAAAUAGUGGUGAGUUGGACUAUUCAUGGGAUUAUUUUAUAAAAAGUGUCUUCAAUUUUCGACGCAAUCUGCAUAUCUGUAGUGAGAGUCUUGUAUCCCUAUGAUGGUAAGUCACAUUUGUGAAACCUUUUAAGUUUUACUUACAUGACUUUUAAUUAAAAUAGAUUUAUUUUAGCUUCAUAUCUUUUUUUUUUCUUGGUAUACAAAAGGCGACAUAGAAACAUUUAUUGAGUUCUUUUUAUCAGUAAUGUUGGCGUGAAGCAUUAGAGAAGCUUCACAAAACAAACAACAUUGUGAAGGCUGGUGUUCUCUUAGUAUUAUUAAAAAUCACGAAUUCAUUAGAAGCUCUGAAUCUUCUUUCAUAGACAAGGGCUUCUGAUGACAUUUGAAUGUGUGCCUCAAAGACAAGUGAACUGGUUAUGUCAUUCUAUUCUAUAAAAAUUUUGUUUCAUUUGAUUUAUUGAUUUAUGAUAUUCCUUUCUUUCAAAUAUGAUUAAUCCUCCAACUCCAAGUUGACGUGCAAUAAUAUUAGUAAGUUAAAAUAAUGAGUAAUAUUUAACUGGACCAUAGUAUAACUUUUUAUUUAUUUUAUUUAUUACUAUGACAGUGUCAUUAUACUCUGCAGAUCAGCUAUGGAAUUUUCAUGACUGUUCUGUUGGUUAAACUAAGCCACUGAAAUUGUAGAGCAUAAUGAAAAUAGUGUAGUUAGUUAUGCGAUGUUCAUCACAAUAUGGACCAAGCAAUGAAUUUGCAUUAGCUGUUGUUUGGAGUUGUGAUAUCUUGGAAAGGGGUCUUCACAUAAACUCGUGUACAGGAUAAAUACAAAAGAAGUGGAUACUCUUUGCAAAUAUAAACUAUUCUAAUAUUUGCAAUUGCUGCGGUAACCAUGUUAUCAUGUAAGUAUAGUAGCCUUUAAGUGAGAUACCUAAGUUGUACUGAAUGAGGGAAAUGUCUGUUUUUGUAUUUCCUCCAUAAUUAUUUUCUAGCUUACUUCAAGGACAUGAAAUAUUGAUACUUUUGUGAAACACUCCAUCAAAUCUCAUUUAAUUCUAACCCAUUACAAGAAAAUGUUGCACUCCAAGACAAACCACAAAAACAGUUUCCUACUAGAAGAAAAAAAAUGCAGAAAACUAAUUAACCGAGAAGCUCAUUGGGUUUGAUACCUAGACAGUCACAUUAAUGACACUAAGGAUUCAAAGCUCACUGGGUUUGAUACCUAGUCACAUUGAACACACUAAGACAGCUAUGUUUGGGAGUUUGGAGGGGAGGGGAAGACUUUCGAAAACGAAUUUUUAAAAAAAUAUUUGACAUUUUUAAAAAAAAUGAUUUUGUUUAGAAUGAUAAAAGAGAUAUUAUCUUUACAAAAUUUUUAAUUUUCAAAAUAGUAUA